ACACGUAAAGAUUUUUUGGAAGGCAGGAGAGGAUGGAACUACACCGGUUGUAUAAUUUUUAGUUAAUUUACGAGUUUUUUGUAGAAAAUAAGGAUAUAUAAUGGCAGAUGAGGAAGACCCAAACGACGUGGCUCGAGCUCGCCAUCGUCAGAAACGAGGAUUGCUGAAGCUUUACUAUGGUGUUGGUGAGGAAGGUGGAGAGGUAGCCUCAAAUCCAUAUGAUAUAAAUGGUGCUCAUUUUAAACCUCAUGACUACAUGCAGAAGUUACUGAAAGAGAAAAGUCUCACUGAGCUAAUGGAAAAAGAAAAUGAUGUUACAAAACAAAUCAAAUCACUGGAUAGUGACAUGCAGACCUUAGUUUAUGAAAAUUAUAACAAGUUUAUCAGUGCAACAGACACAAUCAGAAAGAUGAAGAAUGACUUCAAGAAAAUGGAGGAAGAGAUGGACAACCUCUCCGGGAAAAUGUCCGCCAUCACGGCAUUCAAUGACAAAAUCAGUGUCACUUUACAAGACAAACGUUUGCAAAUAACUAAACUAUCUGGAGUCCACACGUUGCUACGUAAGCUUCAAUUCUUAUUUGAACUACCUUCAAGAUUAAAGAAAUGCAUUGAAAUGAAGCAGUAUUCACUUGCCGUCAGGUAUUACAGUAGAGCCCGUGAUGUUCUGCUCAAGUAUCAAGAUAUGUCGUCAUUUCGUGAUAUUCAAAAAGACUGCGAGGAGAUAGUCAACGAUCUUAUUGGAUGCUUAAAGGAUCACUUUCGCAAUCCUAAGUCGAGUCCAAAGCAGCUUACAGAGUGCGUCGAUCUUCUUCUUCAACUGAAAGAACCCGCGAAUGAAUUAUGUGACGAGUAUCUUGCUCAUGCCAAAGAAAGGCUGGACGAAAAUCUGCUUGAUUUGACGUACCAGGUUACUCUACAGGAAAAUGCAAACGAAGUCGAUAAAGGCCAAACAAAGGGUGAUGCGAAGCAACUAGAAAUCAUGGAUAUUUUAGAGUUCACGGAUCACGGAUGUAAUAACUUUUUAAGCAAUAUUUCUCUGGUUAUUGCUUCAUAUUGUGAUUUGUUUUAUAAUCGCAAUAUCGGCAGCAAAGACGAACACCAAGUUUUAGAUGCGAUUGCGCAAGAAAUGAUCGCGAAAUUUGUUUCAUCGUUGAUGGGCGAAUUCUUUAAAGUGAUCGAGCAGCGGUUUGAUUUAGAGAUCAAUUACGCGGACGAUGAAAUGUUGGUUCGAUCGCUUGACAGACUUCAUCGCCGUUUGCAAGCCGUAGAAAAACUAAUGCCGCAACUGGGAGUAUUGAGAUCCGGUGGAAACAUAAUCAAACGAGUUGCGCACAAGAGAGUUGAAUUUUACUCGCUGACUUUACAACGACAGUUCUCCGCUUCUUUGACUGACAUGAGGCAAGUGCUUGCUGCUCCAAAAGUACUGAAUAAUGAUCAAAAUCGCUCCUUGUCUGAUCUUUGCUCAAAUAUCCAUUCUGCUGUUGUUGGUCAUGUGAAGACAGCUUUGACAAAUUUAAAGUCAUUUAUCAGUGAAGACAUCACGUUUGCUGUUCGACCUUACUUUCGUGGUCCAUUUUGUUCGGACGAUAUAAGAGAAAGCAUGGUUGUGAAUUACAUUUCUUAUGUCAUCAAUACAUCAAAGGCAUUUUUUGACAAUACUAGUGAGAAGACGAUGCACGCUCCGCCAUCUCUCAUCUUACUGUUGUCGAGAUUGUGUUUAGACAUGCAGGAUUCCAUCGUUGAUUACCUUCUAUCGUUGACAGAUCAACAGUUUCCCGUGGAUGAAAAAAUGAGCAAGGGUUGUGUUGUAACAUCUGUUGCUCAACUUACCGACGAGGCCAAAACUGCCUCCCAGUUGCUCAUCAAUCACUUUGUGCGAAUUCAAGGCCUUACAGUUUCCCAGAUGAUACGAAAAAGCGUCGAAACUAGAGAUUGGUUGGGAACGAUUGAACCACGGACCGUACGUUCAGUUAUGAAACGUGUCGUUGAAGACAUUACAGCGAUCGACGCGGAUGUCGGUUCUUUGUUUGAAGAAGGAUCAAGGAAAGCUCACAGCUCAGACUCGAGUAAAUGGACAUAUAAUCAAUACAAAAAUAAUCAACGAAGUCAAUGGAGUUAUACACCUAGUACUGGAUUUGAUCAGAGUCUGCUCAGCAAUAUUCAAAAGCUGUUUUCGGAAAAGAUCGAGAUUUUCAGUCCCGUUGAAUUUUCCAAGGUGUCAAUUCUUACUGGAAUCAUAAAAAUUACGCUAAAGACGCUGCUGGAAUGCGUAAGAUUGCGCAUUUUCAGUAAAUUUGGAUUACAACAAGUUCAAGUUGAUGCGCAUUACCUUCAAAUGUAUCUUUGGAGAUUUGUCUCAGAUGAAAAGUUAGUAUAUGUAAUGUUGGAUGAAGUUGUCAACAGCACAGUUCACAGAUGUGUUGAACCAGAAAUGAUGGAAAGCAGUGUGGUUGAAGUGAUAUGUGAAAGAGGAUGAUGAUCUAAUUAUCACAAUUGAAUGAAAAAGUAAUAAGAGAUCUUGAAGGUUGACCUAGAUGAGCAUGUUUAUUGAAAAUAUUACACCAGAUUUUGAAAAAACAAGCUUCUUGUACAUGUUAUCAAAUCGAACCAGUUACAUUGUAUAUAUAUGAUUUCCUAAGUAGUGCACUGUCAUUAACUCAAAGAAAUUCUAUUUUUCUUUCACUGGUGAUGGUAGGUUCUUUGAUGAUUGUUCUUUUGACAUUGUUAUAUUGCCUUAUUUUUCUCAAGGAACUUUAUAUCCAUUGUCAAUUCAUUCAUCAAUCCCAAAUGUAUGUAAGGUUGUUAAAACAAGCCUGAUUAAGUUAAAUAUUAUUUACCCAUGCUGAAA